GUGUUGUAUUCAGAGGGACUCACUUCCCUUGGGCUCUGCAUGCAUCUUUCCCUUUCUGCAUAACAACUACUAGGCUUGAUCAUUUUCUUUGCUACCUGUUCAGCUUUGAAGACACAGUGAUGUCUUUCCAGACUUAUUCAUCCUCCAAAGGGAGCAGAAGGGGCUACAGCUCAUGUUCUGCUUUUGGUGGCGGUGGAGGAGGAGGUAGACGUAGCUUUUCCUCAGGUAGGGGAUUUGGCGGUGGCGGUCUCAGCGGCCAAUAUGGCAGCAGAAGCCUCCAUAACUUAGGUGGAACUACAAGAAUUUCCUAUGGAGGAGGCUAUGGGGGAGGCUAUGGGGGAGGCAUCGGUGGUGGCUAUGGCAGUGGAGGAUUUGGUGGUUAUGGAGGUGGAGGAGCAGGCGGCUAUGGUGGAUUUGGCAGUGGCGGUGGUAUUACCUAUGGACGUAUUGGUGGUGGCAGUAUGAGUGGUGGUGGCAUGAGUGGAGGCUAUGGUGGCAUGGUUGGUGGUGGUGGCAUAGGUGGAUUUGGAGGAGGCUCUUUUGGUGGCCCCAGAGGCUCUUUCGGAGGACCUGGAAGUUUUGGCGGCGGAGCAGGAGGCAUCCAUGAUGUCCAAAUAGAUCCUAGUCUUCUGCGACCAGUCCGUGUGGAGAUUGAUCCACAGAUCCAGCAUGUAAAGAAUCAAGAGAAAGAACAAAUCAAGGUCCUCAACAAUGAAUUUGCCUCCUUCAUCGACAAGGUCCGGUUCCUGGAGCAGCAAAACAAGGUUCUGCAAACCAAGUGGCAGAUCUUACAACAGCAGUCUCAAGGACAAGGCCCAAGACAGAACCUGGAUAUGGCCUUUGAGAGUUUCCUUAAUGGGCUGAGGAGGAAUAUUGAGGCAGUCCGUAACCAAAAGGCACAGCUGGAACCAGAGCUCCAGAAUAUGCAGCACUAUGUGGAAGACUUCAAGAACAAGUAUGAAGAAGAGAUCAACAGGCGUACAACUGCUGAGAAUGAGUUUGUGGUGCUGAAAAAGGAUGUGGAUUGUGCCUAUAUGACCAAGUCUGACCUGGAAACUAAAGUUGGUGCUUUGGCAGAUCAGAUCAGGUUCCUGCGGGUUGUCUAUGAACAGGAAUUGUCUCAGCUACAGACAGUAGGCCAAGACACCUCCAUUGUUGUGAGCAUGGAUAACAAUCGCGACCUCGACUUGGAAGGUAUAAUCGAUGAAGUAAGAAGCCAAUAUGAGGAGAUCGCCCGUAGUAGCCGAGCUGAGGCUGAAUCCUGGUACCACACUCAGUAUGAAGCUCUGCAGAACACAGCUGGAAGAAAUGGGGACAACCUGCGCAACACCAGACAGGAGAUUCAAGAGCUGACCAGAGCCAUCCAGAGACUGCGCUCUGAAAUUGAACAUGCCAAGAAGCAGUGUGCUCAGCUGCAGUCAGCCAUUGCUGAAUCUGAGGAGCGUGGUGAGUUAGCCUUAAGGGAUGCUAAGCAGAAACUGGAGGAGCUGGAAGUUGCCCUGCAAAAAGACAAGGCAGAAUUGGCUCGCCUAUUGAAAGAGUACCAGGAUCUGAUGAAUAUCAAACUUGCUCUGGACAUUGAAAUUGCUAUGUACAGGAAACUUCUGGAAGGAGAAGAGUGCAGACUAUCUGGCCAAGGAUCCCAAGUUCAUGUCUCUGUGAGGAGCAGUUCCCACCGAUACGGCGGUGGUGGAAUGGGAGUCGGUGGACUUGGAGGUGGAAUGGGAGGCAGUGGACUCGGAAUGGGAGGCGGCGGACUUGGAAUGGGAGGCGGUGGACUUGGCGGCGGAAUGGGAGGAGGUGGACUCAGCGGUGGACUCGGCGGAGGAAUGGGAGGCGGUGGACUUGGCGGAGGAAUCGGAGGUGGAAGCUGCGGCUAUGGAGGUGGAAGUGGAGGCUAUGGAGGUGGAAUUAUAAGUGGAGGAAGUGGAGGCAUCAUUAGUGGUGGCUCAGGAGGCUCUUCCAGCGGAGGAGGUGGUUUCUCACGUAGUUCAGGAGGCGGUUCCAGAACAACCAUAAGGAGAAGCACCACGUCAUCCACCAAAUCUGGUGGAGGAUAUUAAGUCUCAGCAGGUCCCGGAAAAGGAGUUUCUAGUGGCAGCAGCACAACACCUUCAACCCCAUCCUUGUAAUCCAGAAAAGAACAAACUGUGUCUUCUUUUGAUCCUCAAAGGAAACCUGCAACAAGGCACCAUCUUCCAGCUUGCUUCUGUUGCUUAUGGCUUAAAACACAACCAAUGGAGGAAUGUUGCCAGUAGAGAACGGUAGUAAAAUGUGCAGGUGGUUUUGUCACGUAUGAUACCAGCUAGAAGAGAUUUGAUUGAGAUCUGUAGAUCAUGCAUGUGGCGGUGCCUCGUACAAUAUGCUGUAUAUUUUUGGCUUUUGGGGGGUAGCUGCCAAAUCGCAAUAUGUAUUAAAAUGGUCUUUCCUCUUUCUCAAGGCUUCUCCUUCCAAUAGUUUGUUCUCUUUGGGUGCUGCUGUAAUUCCAUAUGUCACAGGAAGUAUCAUGGGAUUCCACUGUAUUUGUCUGUGUUUGUGUUUGGACAAGUCAAAAUUGAAUUCCUGAGUUAAAAUGACUCUUAUUUGCUUGGAAUUAUCUAGGUAACUAGUUAAUUUUUUGGCAAUGAAAGGCAUGUGUUACUCUACAUUUAGAGUAACAUGGUUUUGCAGAAGAAUAAUGAGUAAUAUUUACAUCAUUUGGAAACUGUCUGAUCAUAAAAACAGUGAUUGUGACAAUAUCAUUCUUAUGCCAUUUCAAGUUCUUAUGCACCUGUCUUUAUUUCUUAUGGUUUGUUUCCCAUUUCCUUGGGAAGUAACCAUUCUCAAUAAACUGCAGUCAAAUCA